ACCGCCGCGGCGCACCAACCACCCGUCAUACCCGGGACAGCGUGCUGGGCACGACAAGCUCAGCGGUCGGUCCGCUCAGUCCCGCCGCCGCACCGUAGACCCUCCCCGGCACAGAGAGGACCCCCCCCCCCCGCCGACCCGCCUGUUCUCCACUCGGACGGAGAAAUGAGCUCGGUGACCGACGGCCGCACGCUGCGGACGUGAGCGCUCGGCGUGACGACCGUUUCUUGGCGGAAACACACAUCACCACAAACACACGCGCGCAUAUACACACACACACACACACGCGCGCACGCAGACAGACAGACGACCCGCGCCGGUUCUGCUGUUUACCAGCCGAUCAUCUCGGUGUCAGGACGGUCCCACCCGCUCUCACCGACACCAUGGCGGAGAGGAGCGGCCGGCUGAGUUUCCCCGGGAGCGGGGCUCUUAACCGACCCGUGCCCAUGAACCUGUUUGCAACGUGGGAGAUAGACGGAUCCUCCCCGAACUGCAUCCCGAGACUGUGCAGCUUGACUCUUAAAAAGUUGGUGGUGAUGAAGGAGCUUGAUAAGGAGCUGAUUUCUGUGGUCAUCGCUGUCAAGAUCCAGGGCUCCAAACGGAUUUUGAGGUCCCAUGAGAUUGUGCUGCCACCCAGUGGAUCAGUGGAGACCGACCUAGCUCUCACCUUCUCCCUACAGUACCCACACUUCCUUAAAAGAGAAGGCAACAAGCUGCAGAUAAUGCUCCAAAGACGGAAAAGGUACAAGAAUCGAACCAUUUUAGGCUACAAGACUUUGGCCGUGGGAUCUAUUGAUAUGGCAGAGGUGAUGCAGCAUCCGACAGAGGGAGGCCAGGUUCUGCCUCUCUGCAGCAACCAGAAGGACAUGCUAGGCAAGGUGGCAGAGAUCUGGAUCUUCUCCCUGUCCAGUCAGCCGAUAGACCACGAGGAGGCAGCCCUGCAGGGAGGACAGAAGAUCAAAUGCUCUGAUAACUACUCGGAGGAAGAGUACGAGAGCUUCUCGUCAGAGCAGGAGGCCAGCGACGACGCAGUGCAGGGACAGGAUCUCGAGGAUGAUGAGUUUGACGUGAGGAAACCAAAGAAGCAGAGGAGGUCGAUCGUGAGGACUCCCUCCAUCACCAGGCAGCAGAACUUUAAGCAGCGAGUGGUGGCGCUCCUGAAGCGCUUCAGAGUUUCUGAUGAGGUGCUGGACUCGGAGCAGGACCCCGCUGAGCCGCCUCCUGAGGUGGAGGAGGAGGAUCUGGAUCUGGACAGCGUGGAGUUUGAGAACCCCAGCGACAGCUGCCCGGAGCUGGACGACGACGACAGCGUCCUCAGCACACCAAAACCCAAACUGAAGCCAUAUUUCGAGGGACUGUCCCUCUCCAGCUCGCAAACUGAGAUCGGCAGCAUCCACAGCAGCCGGAGCCACAGAGAGCCCCCGAGCCCGAUCGAUCUGGAUAAAACCAAGAGUGGCAACGAUAAGUUUCCAGACGAUGACGAGCGUGACAACAGCUCCUAUGAGCAGCCAGAGGCGGUGACUCCCACCACUGAGCUGGAAAUGGACAACAUGGACACGUUUCUAGAGAGACUGCCACCGAGUGGCAAAAUGACCAAGACAGAAUCCCUUAUCAUUUCAUCCAACAGACAGGAGGCGAAGCUGGCAGGACGGAGAGGUCGCAGCACCUCCCUGAAGGAGCGCCAGCCCAGCAGGCCCCAGAACGAGAGGGCCAACAGCCUGGACAAUGGGCGGUCACUGGACACACGCUGCCACCUACAGAUCCCAAGAAAAACAGUUUAUGACCAACUAAACCACAUUCUGGUGUCGGAUAACCACCUUCCUGACAGCAUCAUCCUCAUCAACACGUCGGACUGGCAAGGUCAGUAUCUGUCAGAUUUGCUGCAAAACCACCAUCUGCCGGUGGUCUGCACGUGCACCACAGCCGACAUCCAGGCUGCUUUCAACACCAUCGUUUCUCGCAUCCAAAGAUUCUGCAACUGUAACUCCCAGACGCCCAUCCCCGUAAAGAUCGCAGUGGCUGGAGCGCACCACUACCUCAGCGCGGUUCUGAGGCUUUUUGUGGACCACCUCUCCCACAAGACCCCCGACUGGCUCGGCUACAUGAGGUUCCUCAUCAUCCCUUUAGGUGCGCAUCCGGUCUCCAAAUACCUCGGCACGAUUGAUUACCGCUACAACAGUUUGUUCCAAGAUACUGCCUGGAGGGAUCUGUUUCACAAGCCAGAGGCUCCUGUAAUUGCUCAGGAGAGCCCUGAUGUGGUGUCAAGGGUCACACAGUACAUGGAGGGAGCUAAUGGAGCUCACCAGCUCCCCAUCGCGGAGGCCAUGCUCACUUACAAGCAGAGGAGGAAAAAGAGCUUUCAUUUUGAUUUUGCCGUAAGUCCUAAUGAGGAUUCCUGUCAGAAGUUCAUCCCAUUCAUUGGGAUGGUGAAAGUUGGCAUUGUGGAGCAAACGUCUGCAGCAUCAGGAGACUCUGAUGAUGCGGCCCCUCUGAGCUCGUCUCUGCUCUCCUCCACCCCUCCUCAAGUGUCCCCCGCUUUUAAAGAGGCUUCCCCGACGCCACCGUCUUCUCCCUCCAUCAACACAAGCUUCUGUGCUCUCAGUUCCAGCAGUCAGGGGGAGCUGAUGGGCCUCCAGGUAGAUUACUGGGUGGCUCCGACAGAGAAGAAGAAAGACGUGGAGAAGCGGGACCCAUCCUCUAAAAACACUCUGAAGUGCAAUUUCCGCUCGCUGCAGGUCAGCCGGCUUCCGCUGGGGGGUGCAGAGCCAAGCCCCCAGCCCACCAUGUCUAUGACUGUUGUAACCAAGGAGAAAAACAAGAAGGUCAUGUUUCUGCCGAAAAAGAGCAAAGACAAGGAGGUGGAGUCAAAGAGUCAAGUGAUCGAGGGCAUCAGUCGUCUUAUCUGCACUGCCAAGCACCAGCAGACCAUGCUGAGAGUGCUGAUUGAUGGUGUCGAGUGGAACGAUGUCAAGUUUUUCCAGUUAGCGGCUCAAUGGUCCUCACAUGUCAAACACUUCCCUGUGGGGAUUUUCGGGCACUCUAAAGGCCCUUACUAGCAACACCCCGAGAAAGGACUUAAACGAGGAGGACAGCCCCCUUUUUUCCCUUGUGCCAAGAUUUUAACCUCCUUCUCCUUUAUUUUAUUCUGCUGUCUUAUGUUAAACUCCCGCUCUCCACUGUUGCAUUUGUCUGAUUAUUUAAUAUUCCGUUAUUUUUUUUCUGUUGUUGUUGUAUUUAUGUAAAGCUGCCAAUUGAAAAUUACUUUACUCUGCUUAAAAAGCUGCUGAUGUUUUGUAGAAAAAAAAAAACCCACAUCUUCAUAAAAGGCUUUUAACCUUUAACAUGUUGAGUGAGUCAUCAGGUCGGACCUGUUUGUGUCAUUUGUUGCUGUUUUGUUUAAUUGUUGUGUUUUUCAAGACUUGUAUUAAACCAGCAAAAUUAUUAUAGUACAUAGAAAACACAGACAAAAACACAAGAGAAGCUGCCAUGGAAUGAAAUGCUAAUACUUUCAAUUCAGGUUUUUUUCUCUCCAGGUUUUCGUUGCCCAGAAAUAAAAAAAAAUAAGAAAAGAAAGAAAGAUAACAAGCUGAAGUGUCCAAUGAACAAUAGACCAAAUGUUGUGUAAAAUCAAUGAAUUGAACUGUCCCUGUUAAAAGGUGAAUUCUGAGUUUUCACUCCAUACACACAUCUUCAUUAUGUAUUUCUACCUCUAAGAAAUUAACUCAACAUUUGUCAAGUGUUCAAAAAACAGACAUGAGACAAAAAAAAUCUUUUUAAAUAAUUUAGAUCACAAACAUGAGAAAUAAUUUAAAUAGACAUAUUGAUGUUUGGGAAGGUACUAACAUGUGAAAGAUAACGAUCAAGGGCGGCUUUGAGGCUGGCCAAGAGGCAUGCAUGAAACCUUGUGGCCAGCACGGGGUAGUGACUACUCACAGAGCCCACAAACCUAAAAAUGUCUCAUUUGUAUGUUAGUUUAUAAAGAAUGACUCUCUCAUAAAGUUCCCAGGGUCCCAUGCAGCAUUAGGCCAACUCCGGAACAAUUGAACACAUUAAUGGCAGCUACUUAGCUUUGCAUUGCGUAAAAACUAGAGAGAGCGCUAACUGGCCAGACUUUGAGUAAAGAUAAUAGAAUUUGCUGGACAGAAUUUUUUUUUAAAUUUGCUUUCUAAAGUUCUGAUGUCAACCCUAAUUUUCAGGGGAUGACAAAAUGUUGGCCUAAACUAUUGGUUUUGAACAGACUGCACAAAAUAAAUAUAUUUUUUUCAUCUCCACACAGACAUUUAAUCAAUAUUUCCAGCAUUUUUUAAUAAUAUUCACUAUACCACAUGCUAACAACUAACUUGCCUAAAGUCAAAGGUAAAACAUUUUCCAUCACCUUUGUUAAAGGUAGUAAUAUAGGUUUAUUGUAAUUAGAAUUAGAAGAACUCUGAUAUGCAGUGGUAUAAAACCUGAUCCGAAUGAACCUGAAUGUGCGUUCAAAAAAUGUCUGACUAUUCCUGUUAGUUUUCCUUUGUAAAUGGGAAUUAGUUGUGGAAUGGAUUAUUAUUUACCUCUAAACUGUUUAUCUUAGAAAGAACUCCUCCUUAAAGGGAAAGUGAAGAUUUUUUGUAAUGAGGUCCUGUAAAGUUAUUAGCGGACAGAUGCCAGAUCCCAAUGGGUUUGUAGAAAAGUGAAUACAUUUGCAGAGCUAAGAAAGUUGAUUAGUUUGCAGGUUAGUCAGACAAACCUCCGUUUUAGCUGAUUUAGUCAACUUAAAACAGCUCGCACUGAGACGUUUCCUACACGCAGUGCUGUAUUAGGGAGUUCUGAAAUUACGUUAGUGAAGACCGCCAGCUGUAGGUUUAUUCAUUUGUCUGAUCAGCUGGGAUUCAUCAGUUUGCUCGAAGUCAGCAGAGAGUCUGGUGAACUCCAGGUCCACAUGGAGAGACAAACGUUUGUGGCACAACUUCACUGAUUCCCAAGGUGCAUGAAGAGGGUCAAAGAUCUGCGGAAGCGAAGACUCCAGCAACACUUGAAGUGCUGGGAAAGAACUUUAUUUGAUGACCAACAUGUUCCAGCUAGCCUGUACUUCAAGUGUUGAUGGAGUCUCCGGCUUUUCCAGAGGUACACAGACAGACCGAUGCAGUACAGUGACUUUAUCAUUGUAAGUCGGAUGUUGUUUGUAUGAAACAGGGAAAACUUUACUCUUUUUUGAUUGCAUAGAUGUAAAAUAUUCGCUAAUUUACAGUUGAAGCUAGAUAUUAAAACAUUGUGUAAGAUUCCACAAAACUUUUUUUUCUGUUUAAAGGCAUAGCCACCUUUAGAGUAAGCAAACUUUUGGUAUCUUAGGACACAAACACUUUCAGCUGGAGUUGUAGCAAAUAGCUAAAAUCGGCCCUAGAUGGCGUCCCUAUCUGACCAGUUGCUAACCUGACCCUGCUCUGAGGAUUUAUUUACUUUACCACAAACUCACAGGUAUAUGACACCUUUCCACUACAGGUACUACUACAGAAUUCAUUCAUAAAUGCUUUCCAAAGGGUUUACUUCUUUUU